AUGGCGAACAUACUAGCUGCUCGAGAUCAGGAGAACCUCGUACAUGCCCGUCAAACCACGGCCGCUGGAAAGUCCCUCAACCAGAAUAUUCGCGCACUACACCCAGGCAACCUUAAGACUCCUUUCAAACCAGCAAAGAACGACGAGAACCUACCUAUUACACUCAAGGGUCAGAAGACUGUCGGCAAAGAUGGGCCCAGCAAACAGGACAAGGGCUCCUUUGUCACACCAGUAGCUCCACGGAAUCGAGCACCUCUUGGGGCAAAGACGACGAAUGUCAGAGCUUUCCAAACCCCCGGACCUUUGACAGUAAAACCGGGCAAGACCCAGCAAAAGGUUUCUACGUCUGGCAGACGCUCAAACCGAUCAAAGAUUGCUGUUGCUCGAGCAGAACCCCUCGAUGCUGAUGUCCUAACAGAGCAACCCCUAGAGGAGGAAGAGCCGGACUUCGGAUAUGCUCCUCCCGCACCUGUCGAGCUCCCAGAUCCUCCAAUUGCGUUCGAAGAAGACCAUGAGCUUACAGAAGAACUACAACGCGGCCACGGCCUAGCCUACCCUUUUGAUUCGCCAAAAGAUGAGAACGGAUUUUCCAUUCGACAAAGAAAGGAGGACGAGGAAUGGAAAAAACAGGACGAAGAGCGAAUUCAGAAGAGCCUUGAGGAUCUAGGGAAGCCCAUUUUCCCUACGCUUGCAGAGCUCAACAAGCAAGUUAAUGACAUCAUUGCGGCCGGCCCAAGAAAGCGUGGUCCGUUAUCGAGAGUAGACUCAACUGAGGCAAGAUGUGCUGUUGCUGCACUCUCUGAACCACAGCCUCGGCUGCCAUCCGCUGCCACAAGACCUACCCAGGCGUCAGAGCAGAAGAAGCGGGAUCUGCUCGCGGGCACGAAACCUGCUCCUCUGUCUGUACGAAACCCACCAACAUCAACUCGAUCGAACCAUUCCGCCAUCUCUAGAAACACCAUCGGCUUCCCCAAAGCAAAGAAAGCUCCGUCCAUAAUGCCUAGAAGCGCCGCCAUCUCGGCCCCCAAGCCCGUCAAGAUAGACCAAGGAUCCAUUCACCCGCGAGACUUUCGAGAUUUGUACGGCUCGCCUCCGGUCGAGAGCGACAUGUGGUUCCGACUGAAGAAGUAUGAGUUGCUGGAGGACGACCUGGCGAAAGACAAUGCUGAUAUUGAGGAGGAACUAUUUGAGAGCGACUUCUUCCCCUUCGACAACGCAAAGUUGGAUGACGCAGACUUCCAAUUACCCAUGCCGGAGUGA